UUCGAAUUUUUGAAACAACCGCCGGCAAAAUGAAUAAUAUACUCGGAAACAAAAAUACAAAAAGGUCGAAGAAGAAGGACGGAAAGUUUACGAGCAACACUGCUACUGAUCUUGUUGAGGCCCCAAAACCAGGUGGAGCAAAAGGAUCCAAAAAACCAAAACCAUCGAAAGGAAAUGACGACAGGGGACGCGGCGAACCGGAAAUGACUGCACAAUCCAAAAAAACCAAGAAAGCAAAAAAAGUGAGACAGAAGAGAGAUACAAAGGCACCGUCUCCUGCAAUGUCACCUCGAUCACGUGAAAUGCUGUCAGACAACAAAAAGACGACCGUUGAGGAUGAUCCAGCAGUUCCAAUAACAACAAGUGUCGCUGGAGCAGUCACUUCUACGAUUCCUGCUCUCAUGUCCACUGAAAACGCGUUUCAGCCACCCAAAGACCUUAUCUCGGGAAGAAAGCCAAAAGGUGCUCCGAACUUGUCUGGCAGCGUUCCACUUUCACACAAGAGCUCACUGACUGGAGGUGCAGAUAAGUGGGUUGGAGAAGCCGUGGCAAAGAAUUGGAUGGAUUCGAUCGACACAGCAGAGGUGAAAAAGGAAUACGAUAAACUGCAAUCACAGAAAAUCGAUGUGGAGAAGGACUGUAAAACCUGGAAAUCCAACCCAAAAUUUAACCAAUCGGAAGACUUUCCUGCCUUGGACUCCAAUCUCGUGAAACUUGGCAAAGACUAUGUGAACAUCAGUCUUGUAGAUGUUCCAUUGGGAAGAAAUGUUCAUCUCGGUCAAGCUCCGGUCACGAAUACGGAAGAAACAUUCUGGAAAGCUGUGUUCGACAAGCGAAUCACUCACAUUGAUCUACUCGUCGGCGAUGAAACCAUCGAAUUCUUCCCUAAAAAGGCAGAAGAUUAUACAAAUUAUGGUCAGAUGUGGAUCAAUAACCGCCGUGUCGAGUAUGUCAAUGACGAUGUGUACCGAUUUGCAAUUGAAGUAGUGCCCCACGGAUGCUCCAACUCGAUCAUCUGCAAUGUGACUGUUAUCAGCAAUUGGAAAGUGGACACUGUGCCUUUGAAACAAGCAAUCGCCAUCAAAGAGGCACUUGGUCUAAACUACUUCUUGCUGAAAGCACCCGCUGACGAGCAUGCGAUGAUCGUCUCACCACGUGGAGCUGGACGAGCUGGCUACUUUUUGGCACUUGCGGUUGCAGUCAACACAAUUGAUACAAAGCUUGCCGAACCAUGUAUUGCGGAUAUUGUCAAAUCGAUUCGCUCCCAGAGACCAAGAGCCGUGGAUUCAUUUUGUCAGUACUGCUCCCUGUACAUUUCGUUGCUCUACUUCAUCAAGAAGAAAGUGACAAAACCAGCAGAAGGGGAUAAAAAGCCAACACUGAGCAACAAAUACAUCUACAAGAAGUCGGUUGAGUUGACCAAGCAAUUCACCGUUCUCCUUCUCGAAGCGAGUCAGCAAAGUGUGAUGGGACCUGGAUAGUUCUUCUCCAUUUUGAAUAUGGAAAAGCAUUUGAAGUGAUCUGGGUUUGAAAAUGAAGAAUUUUAUAAACCCUGGA